AUGACCAAAACUACGCGUGUUUGGUGUCUCGGGGGCGAGGCAGAGGAACUCGACGGUUUCGAAUGCGACACGGGUAUGAUGUUCCACGACCGCUCGUCGGAAGAGAGGUUCCCCCACGACUUGCCAGGAUCCUGGCUUGUGCUGGGGUCAAAGAAGAAUGAGUGGGUCGAAGACCGCACCGUCUGCGUUGACAGGCGGCCGCCGGAGAUGUCUUUCAUCGAACAAAUCAGCACGGAGAGCGAGCAUGUGGGAACACUUCUUGCAUAUGGAUGCGAGUGCGUGUGGAGCAUCCCGCGAUGCACUUGGCCAGAUUUCAUGAUCAUUCCUAGGUUCGUAAGUGGGGCAUUUAGCUUGUGCGGCCUCGACGGCUUUCGGUUGGAGUUUCUGCCUCGGGGUAUCGAUCAAAAAGGGCCGUUCUGUGGUUUAAGCGUGCAUGUGCCUGUGAAGGGUACAUUCUCUUUCACGCUGCAAGUGCUACCAGGGAAGAGCUACACGAUGCGCGAGCAGUUCAACGGAGUUGGCGGUGAGUUCCUCGGCUGGUUCGACAAAUUUGAGCUCAAGCCGGCAUGUCAGGGCGACGAGCUGCUCAUCCGUGUGACACUGUUGGAAAUGCCUUGUCCAGACGGGCAUCGGGGAAAAGAUUUGUCCAAGGAUCCAUCCAGAUGCUCCAAGCAUCGCACGCCCGAUGCAGACCCAAGCGCGUCGAACGGCGAUGCGAGAGCGGACGACUACUCCCAGGCUUUCCAGGCCAUGGCGGAGGCAGGAAGCAUGCGGGGCGAGGUCGCAGAAUUCCACAGGCUCCUCUUAUCUGGAGCCGCAGCCCCAGACGACAAGAGCCGCGCGGCCUUUGAGGCUCACGCGGCCCUGACGCAGGAGAUUCAGAAGGUGAUGUCUUCCGCCGAGUUCUGGGCAGAGGUGCGAGCCAAGGGCAUCCAGGAGGCUUCGGCCAGGCUCAUUGAGACCGCUGCUGUGCAUGAGGCUUUGAUCCAGUGCCACAAAACAAUGCCCCCAUUGCUUGGCCGCCCGUAG